UUUGGAGUUCGAAUAGUGCACGCGCCAGUGGAGCCGCGGAGAGCACUGCUCGUGCCCGCGUCUGGCCUUCCGCCUGUAGCUCGGCUGGGCGGCGCUCGUGCUCGCCCGCCCGCCCGCCCCCGGCGGCUCGCGCCCGGGAGCGCCUCAGGGUCCCUGAAGCCUGCCGCAUCCUUUGUGCGGCGCGCAGGCUGCGCCACUGGGCGGCGGGAGGGAAUGUGGGCGCUGCGGGGGCUUUUCUCUUCUGCUCGAACUGUGGGAACAAUGGACUGAAAGGGGAACAUGGAUUGAGGGGCGCGAGCGGGGAAGCGAGUCGCACCCGGGAAUCAUGACUUCUGCCGCCGAGAUUAAGAAGCCACCAGUGGCCCCCAAGCCCAGGUUUGUUGUGGCAAAUAAUAAGCCAGCUCCACCUCCUAUUGCACCUAAACCUGACAUUGUGCUUUCUAGUACUCCACAGUCAACAAGGAAAAUGAAACCAGCAAUAGCCCCAAAACCAAAAGUCCUGAAGAGCUCGCCUGUUCGAGACAUUGGACAGUCGCCAUCAAGGAAAAUCAUGGUGAACCUGGAAGGGCAUAAACAGGAAUUAACUGAAAGCAUUGACACUUUAAAUUGUAAAUAUGAAGGUGAUCAGAGCAGCGAUUAUAUUUUACCAAUGUGUUCCUGCAGUUCUGAAUGUAUCCAUAAGCUUGGCCAUAAAGAGAAUGUGUGUGUAAAGCAGCUUGUUUUAGAGCCCCUGGAAAUGAAUGAAAAUUUAGAAAACAGUAAAAUUGAUGAGUCUUUGACCAUAAAAACUAGGAGUAAAUGUGAUUCCUGUGGUGAAAAGGCCAAGAACCAUGGUGGGGUCAUUUUAAAGGCAAGCAUCAUAGAAGAGAAGCUCAAAGAUGCCUUAAUACACCGAAUGCCACCUUUUAUUUCCUCACAGAAGCACAGGCCCAUAGACAACCCAGAAAUGAAUGGUGACUGUAAUUCAAACGAACAAUUCAGACUUGAAUUUGCAGAUUUGUCACCUUCCCCAUCCAGCUUUGAAAAAGUUCCUGAUCAUCACAGUUGCCACUUACAGCUUCCUAGUGAUGAAUUUGAAAAUUUUGAAACUUCCCAGGAUGAUAGUGAAAAAAGCAAUAAUUGCUUUCAGUCGUCUGAACUAGGGGCUCUGGAAAAUGGGAAAAGGAGUACUUUUAUAUCUUCAGAUGGAGUUAGUAAGACAUCAGAAGUCAAAGAACUUGGUCCCUUAGAAAUUCAUUUAGUACCAUAUAUCCCCAAAUUUCCAACUCCCAAGCCCAGAAAGACACGAACUGCUCGUCUAUUACGCCAAAAGUACGUAGAUACUCCUAGUGAAAGCACUGAGGAACCAGGGAAUUCAGACAGUAGCUCUUCCUGUCUUACUGAAAAUAGUUUGAAAAUCAGUAAAAUCAGUGUUCUUCAUCAGAAUGUUUUGUGUAAGCAGGAACAGGUAAAUAAAGUGAAACUAGGAAAUAGAAGUGAAUUGAAUGUGGAAUCUAACAGUGACACACAGGACUUAGUGAAUUCACAAAAAGCCAUGUGUCAUGAAACAUCUUCCUUUGAAAAAAUAGUACCUUCUUUUGAUACAGACUCUAAUUUGAGUUCUGAUAGCACAACUGUAGAUGGUUCUAGUACGUCACUUGCUGUGGACAAAGGGACCAGUUUUAUAAGAUGUAGUACUCUAUCUAUGAGCCUGCCUAAGCAGCUCAAAUUAACUUGCAAUGAACAGUUGCAAUCUGGGAGAAACCUGGGAGUUUCUGCCCCUCAAAUGCAAAAGGAAUCUGUUAUAAAAGAGGAAAGUUCCCUACGAAUUAUCCCCAAAAAACCUCAGAGACACAGCUUGCCCGCUACAGGAGUGCUUAAAAAGGCUGCCUCCGAGGAGCUUGUGGAAAAAAGUUCUUAUCCUUCCAUUGAAGAAAAAAGUUCAGAGAAGGUUCUAGAAAGAAAUCACCUUCAGCAUUUGUGUGCCCAAAACCGUGGUGUGUCAUCCUCCUUUGAUAUGCCUAAGCGGGCUUCAGAAAAACCAGUGUGGAAAUUGCCUCAUCCUAUUUUACCCUUUUCAGGGAACCCAGAAUCCUUAAAGUCUGUCACCAUAUCCUCAAACAGUGAGCCUUCAACAGCCCUAACCAAGCCCAGAGCAAAAUCGUUAUCUGCCGUGGAUGUGGAAAAGUGCACUAAGCCUUGCAAAGACUCUACAAAGAAAAACUCUUUUAAAAAGUUGCUCAACAUGAAACUGUCCAUUUGCUUCAUGAAGAGUGACUUUCAGAAAUUUUGGUUCAAAAGUAGCCAACUCGGAGACACCACCACAGGCCCCCUCUCUGGUGGGGAGCAGAAGGGGAUUGAAAGUGAUUGGCACGGCUUGUUGGUAGGCGAGGAGAAGAGAAGUAAACCCACAAAGGCGUAUUCUACAGAUAACUAUAUCCUGGAAUCUCAAAAGAAGAGGAAGAAGUCUCGAGGCCAGACCAGUGCGGCUAAUGGCCUGAGAGCUGAGUCUUUGGAUGACCAGAUGCUCUCCCGGGAGUCAUCAUCUCAGGCACCUUGCAAAUCUGUUACAAGCCUCUGUGCACCAGAGUAUGAAAAUAUACGCCAUUAUGAGGAAAUACCAGAGUAUGAGAACUUGCCGUUUAUUAUGGCUAUAGGGAAAACUCCAGAGUUGGAAUGGCAGAAUGCCAGCAGCAUGGAGGACACUGAUGCAAAUGUAUAUGAGGUAGAAGAGCCCUAUGAAGCUCCAGAUGGUCAGCUGCAACUUGGACUCAGACAUCAGCAUUCCAGUUCAGGAGCAUCCCAGGAGGAACAAAAUGAUCUUGGUCUUGGUGACCUUCCCUCUGAUGAGGAGGAAAUCAUCAACAGUUCUGAUGAAGAUGACGUCAGCUCUGAGUCAAGUAAAGGAGAGCCUGACCCACUGGAAGAUAAACAGGAUGAAGAUAAUGGAAUGAAAAGUAAAGUUCAUCAUAUUGCCAAGGAGAUCAUGAGCUCAGAGAAAGUGUUUGUGGAUGUGUUAAAACUUCUGCAUAUUGAUUUCCGGGAUGCAGUAGCUCAUGCUUCCAGGCAACUUGGGAAACCAGUGAUUGAGGACCGGAUUCUAAAUCAGAUCCUAUACUACUUGCCUCAGCUGUAUGAGCUCAACCGGGAUCUUCUGAAGGAACUGGAGGAAAGAAUGUUGCACUGGACUGAACAACAAAGAAUUGCUGAUAUCUUUGUAAAAAAGGGACCAUAUCUAAAAAUGUAUUCCACCUACAUCAAAGAAUUUGAUAAGAAUAUAGCCUUGUUGGAUGAACAGUGCAAGAAAAAUCCAGGUUUUGCUGCUGUUGUUAGAGAAUUUGAGAUGAGCCCUCGCUGUGCUAAUCUGGCCCUCAAGCACUACCUGCUCAAGCCGGUUCAGAGGAUCCCCCAGUACAGGCUGUUGCUGACAGAUUAUUUGAAGAAUCUCAUAGAAUAUGCUGGAGAUUACAGAGAUACUCAAGAUGCCCUUGCUGUUGUUAUAGAAGUAGCCAACCAUGCCAAUGACACCAUGAAGCAAGGAGACAACUUUCAGAAACUUAUGCAAAUUCAAUACAGCUUAAAUGGACACCACGAAAUUGUGCAGCCUGGUCGGGUUUUUCUCAAAGAAGGAAUUCUGAUGAAGCUGUCUCGGAAAGUAAUGCAACCCCGAAUGUUUUUCCUGUUUAAUGAUGCCCUGCUGUAUACAACACCAGUGCAGUCCGGGAUGUAUAAACUGAACAACAUGCUCUCACUGGCUGGACUGAAGGUCAGAAAACCUACCCAAGAAGCCUAUCAGAAUGAAUUAAAGAUUGAAAGUGUGGAACGUUCCUUUAUUCUCUCAGCCAGUUCUGCCACAGAAAGGGAUGAAUGGCUAGAAGCGAUUUCCAGGGCAAUAGAAGAGUAUGCCAAGAAAAGAAUCACCUUCUGUCCUAGUAGAAGUCUUGAUGAGGCAGACUCAGAAAAUAAAGAGGAAGUUAGUCCUCUUGGAUCGAAGGCUCCCAUCUGGAUUCCUGAUACCAGAGCCACAAUGUGUAUGAUCUGCACAAGUGAAUUUACUCUCACCUGGAGACGACACCACUGCCGGGCCUGUGGAAAGAUUGUAUGCCAAGCUUGUUCAUCCAAUAAGUAUGGCUUAGAUUACCUGAAAAAUCAACCAGCAAGAGUAUGUGAACAUUGUUUCCAAGAACUGCAGAAAUUAGAUCACCAGCACUCCCCUAGGAUUGGAUCUCCUGGAAAUCACAAAUCUUCAAGUGCCUUAUCAUCAGUCUUACAUAGCAUUCCAUCAGGGAGGAAACAGAAAAAAAUCCCAGCUGCUCUCAAAGAAGUAUCAGCAAACACAGAGGAUUCUUCUAUGAGUGGCUACUUGUACAGAUCAAAGGGCAAUAAAAAACCCUGGAAACACUUUUGGUUUGUCAUAAAAAAUAAAGUCUAUACGUAUGCUGCAAGUGAGGACGUGGCCGCUUUGGAGAGUCAGCCUUUAUUAGGAUUCACUGUCAUUCAAGUUAAAGAUGAGAAUUCAGAGGCUAAAGUCUUUCAGUUACUGCACAAAAACAUGUUAUUUUAUGUAUUCAAAGCAGAGGACGCACAUUCAGCUCAGAGGUGGAUAGAAGCAUUUCAGGAAGGCACAGUAUUGUAGCAGUAUUGGUUUCAUCUCUUCUGUGAUUCCAAAGAGGUGGAAUUUCAUCAGAUUGGAGUAAAUGCAAUUUGAAAAUUGUGUAAAAAUGAACACUGCCAAGAUAAAGCCAACCAAACUCUUCAUCAGUUAAAGAAAUUGUUUUGUGAGGUAUAAGUAAUUUUUAAAAAGUGUUUUUUUGUGUGUGUAUGUUAUUUAUUAAAAUUUUGAUGUUUACUUAAUGGUCAGAAUUAUUUCUGAGACACACUGAAUUCUAAAGUACCAUUUCUUUAGAGACCAGAAAAACUAUCUUAAUACUGUAUACUGUAUUAACUGUUUGUGACAUAGUCCACAGUUUUCUUGCCUUACAUUUUCACAUUUUUACUGGUGGAAAGUCUUUGUAAGGAAAAAACAAAUAGCAAGGAGCAAAUGUCCACAAAGUGCUUGGUUUAGGAAUUGUGUUUAUUAUAAAACUGCUGAUGAAAAAACUGCAUGUCUUUGAAUCAAUAAACUUGGGUGAAUUUUUGUACUUUUUAAUGGAAAAAUAUGGCCAGCUUCUACCUCAGUAACUAUGAACUGAAAUUUCAGCAAAUUACCUAAAGUAUUUCUAUUGUUAGGUACCUCUUUGUCAAGAGUUAAUAUUACAUCAUCAAAGAAUUAUAGCAAGGGGAUAGAAUCUGAAUUUUUUAAAACUGUGAGUCAGAAUGAAGAUGAUUUUAUUUGCAGAAUAGCACAAAUAAACAACUCUUGGCUUUUAAGUCCAGUCUUUUUAAAAAAUCUACCAUUUCAAAACAAACAUAAAUGUAUCAUUUUUUAAAAUAGCAAAAUAUAGCAUUAUGUUACAUAAUAUCCCUGCUAUUAUAAGAGUUCUAAGCCCAAGUCAUUGGUAGUAUUUGCAUCUAAAAGUAAUGGUACAUUUCUAAAAAUAUUGUGCUUUACAAAUGGAACUGGAAUUACUAUAUCAGAAAAGCACCAUUCUAAGCCAGUAAUAACUGAAAUUCUAUAGUAUUCAUUUUCAAAAGGUCUUUUUCUAUCACUUUGUGAUAUCUUCCCUCGUAAUUAAAAAAAAAAUCCUUUCUCUUUAAGCAGCUGUCAGCAUACCUCCUUAGGAAAGAUUUAGAUUCAUAAUUCUGGUGCACUUACUGUUUAACAUAUGAACUACCUUGUACAUAAAACUGUUGAUGAGCAGAAGAAAAUGAAAUAACAUUGUGAUACAGCCAUUCCUGAGGUUCACAAUAUACAAUUUGUUAACUAAUUUUAAACUACAAAUUAUCUUAAUGGCCAUGAGUGGUGGCUCAUGCUCAGCAUUUUGGGAGGCUGAGGCCAGUGAUCACCUGAGGUCAGGAGUUCGAGACCAGCCUGGCCAACAUGGUGAAGCCCCAUCUCUACUAAAAAUACAAAAAUUAGUUGGACAUGGUGGCACAUGCCUGUAGUCCCAGCUACUCGGGAGGCUGAGGCAGUAGAAUUGCUUGAACCCAGGAGGCGAAGGUUGCAGUGAGCUGAGAUGGUGCUACUGCACUUCAGCCUGGUUGGUAGAGUGAGACUCCAUCUCAGAAAAAAAAAGAAAAGGAAAGGAAAAUAAUUAAACAGCAAGGCUAUUCAAAUAAUAUUCUUUAAAGUGUAUAGAGUUUUCCUUUCUGCUUCUAAAUAAAGGAUUUCCUAAUUCAAUGUGAUCCUUAACAGCAGCCACCAGGAUUACUGAGUGCCUUUAUGGGGCCUUUUGAAUGGUGUUUGGUACAGCACCAGAGUCCCUACUAGAUCUAGAGUUGGCUGCUGUAGUUUUUUGUGGCUAUUUUUUUUUUUUGCCAUGGAGUCAUUUUAAAUGUGUUGCAACCUCCUACACAAUCCUAACAUGCCAUGUCCUCAGUCUUUCUGUCAUAGCAGGUACACUAAAAUUUCUUUGUAGCUCACUUAAUUUAUAUAAAGAUCACAUAAAGGCCGAGCACAGUGGCUCACACCUAUAAUCCCAGCACUUUGGGGGGUCAAGGUGGGUGGAUCAUGAGGUCAAGAGAUCAAGACCAUCCUGGUCAACAUGGUGAAACCCCAUCUCUACUAAAAAUACAAAAAUUAGCUGGGCAUGGUGGCACAUGCCUGUAGUCCCUGCUACUCAGGAGGCUGAGGCAGGAGAAUUGUUUGAACCCAGGAGGCGGAGGUUGCGGUGAGCCGAGAUUGCACCAUUGCACUCCAGCCUGGGCAACAAGAGUGAAACUAUCUCAAAAAAAAAAAAAAAAAUCAAAUAAAUAAGGCUUCCAUGUUAAAAUCCUUGCAGUUUUUAAAUAUAUUCUUUUUGGAGGCCAAAGUUAUACCUUAUAAAGUAUUUCCUUCUGCUGUAGUCUGGCAUUUAGCAAGACAAGUUAUUUGGGUUUUCUUUCCCUCCUCUUGAGCUCUCAGCCUUCUGACUACAAGGUUUUGGCUCAAGCCUUAGAAUCUAAAAAAUGUCAGCCAGGCUAUUCUGUCUUGCAAGAUCUGGCUCAAUCAUGAACCAUUUCUGAGUCUAAAGAGAGUGAGAGAGGGGCUGCACGCAGUGGCUCACACCUGUAAUCCCGGCACUUUGGGAGGCUGAGGCAGGCAGAUCAUGAGGUCGAGAGAUCAAGACCAUCCUGGCCAACAUGGUGAAACCCCGUCUCUACUAAAAAUACAAAAAUCAGCUGGGUGUGGUGGCUCAUGACUGUAGUCCUAGCUACUCAGGAGGCGGAGGCAGGAGAAUCACUUGAACCCAGGAGGUGGAGGUUACAGUAAGCUGAGAUCACGUCACUGCACUCCAACCUGGUGACAGAGUGAGACUCCAUCUCAAAUAAAAAAGUUUGAGAGGGACGAAACCUGGCACAAACUAACAGUCCCUUUAAUUACAUGUAAAAUGCAUGUGACUGUAUUAGCAAUUGGCUUAUCCCCAUGGAGGGUUUAGAAGAAUGUUUAGUCUUUGUAGAAGCUAUCCAGUUAUUCUCCCAAAAAGAUGUUUUAAAUGUGGAUGGGUAUUACAUUCCCCUGCCCUUUUAUCAGUCCUUCAUAACUUACUAAAGCUGAUCAAUUGUUAUUUAUGUAACGUGGCUCAUUCAGUGUCAACUAAGAAGCUAAUUAUAUACAAUUUAUUGUAAAAAAAAACUAUAAAAAUAUCUUUUGAUAGCUAUUAUUUAGAGGUAAAAAUGAUACUGGGUGCAAUCUCUAAAUGGGGAGAAAAGUGUUAUUAGUAUAUGUGUAUAUAUAUAUAUAUAUAUAUAUAUAUAUAUAUCCCCCCUAAAAUACUGUAUUUAUUAUACACAUGUGUGUGCCUGUGCUUCCAGCAAACCCUUUUUCAGGUGUCUCCUUUAAAUUCAUAAGGAGGAGAGAGGGCAUUUAUAAAGCUAAGUUUAACACGAUGCUAAACAUAACGCAGAUGAGACGCCAGGCUGACCCAGGGGAAGGCUGGCAUUCUUAGUGAGUGUCCCCAACUCGUAGUCCACCUUUAUCUGUGGCAGCUAUAAAUGUACAGGACCCACGAGAGUCCUAAGAAAUGAGAGCAGUUAUCUCUGCUGUCAUCCACGUUCUGAACCUCUUUCCAAUCUCUUUUCCCCUUUUCUGUAAUGUACCCAGCAUCCCCCAUUGUCUUUUGGUUUCCCAAGAUGCUUGAUUCUUUGGUUUAGUAGCAUUUCUUAAAAUGAGAUCAUCAGACCAAUCCUUGAUUUACAUGAACGCUGUAAUGACACAACAAAGAGAAGGCGACAGUUUUAAAGUAUAGUAGUCAGCCAAAUGCAUAUUUUAUAUUUGGUUCAUAGAAUAUAUCUAGAUGUGAGGAAAGUCUCCUAUUUGGUAAUUUAGUUACAAUGUAAAUGUUUUAUCACAGCAUAUGUUGGUAUGUUUUGGAGUGUGCUUCCAUUGUGUUCAGCUUUUGAAAAGUUUGAAUUCCAUUUUAGUCAAAUGUAGUUAAUGGGAUUUCCAGAGAUAUAUAUUCUGUUUUCUUAUUGUACUGCACAUUCCUUGAAGGCAGAUACUGUACUUAAUAUAUCACUUUCUUCCAUAAUACUGCCCUAGGUCUUUUUCGUUUUUAAGAGACCGGGUCUCAUUAUGUUGCCCAGGCUGGACUCAGAUGCUUGGACUCAAGCAAUCAGUCCUCCCACCUAAGCCUCUGGAGUAGCUGGGACUACAGGGGCAUGCACCACCAGGCCUGGCUUCCUGGGUCUUUCAGGAGAGAAUAUUUGUGCAAUUGAAUAGAAGAAAGAGCAGGAUUCUUGUCAUCAACAACUCCAACACAGUCCCAAAAUAUCCACGUUGUAACCUAGAUCUUAGGCCUACUGUCUCCACUGUCCUGCAAAGCCACAUUUGCAAUUACCUAUUGGCUGUCUAUAGGAGUCCUCAAACAUCUCAGACUUUACAAGAAUAAAACUCAACUUUCUUCCCAUUCAAACCUGUUUAUAUUCUUCUGUAAGAGAAAGAUACCAUUUGAGGCUCCAGAAUCUGCCUCUAACUCUCAACAAGACUGCAAUUACUCUUGUAUCCUUUCCAUCCUCAUUGCCCUGCUGUUAUUAGGUAGGCCCUGUUUCGGGUUCUUGUUGCUUGUUCCUGUGUUGGCAAUAACAUCUAAUUCCAAUGCCUUUGUGUGGUCCCAUUUUAAACACUGCCAGAGCAGUCUUCGAACAACAUAGCUCUAAUCUAGUUUCAUCCCCACUUCUGCAUGCUUUAGUGGCUUUCCCAGUGGCUUGGCAUGAACACUUCCUCAGUUGUCAUACACUCCAGCUAACUCUGACCCAGCCUUUCUCUGUUGACACAGUUUCCUUUUUUCUUCAUUCACCCCAUUCGAAUCUGUGUUUAUCUAAGACUUCCCUGUGAUAACUGCCCCACAGUCUUUCUCUCCCCUGUUCCUCCAGACUAGAUCCUGUCUCCUUCCUAUAGCUCCCACACAGCCUGUAGUUCAUCAGCUUUUGUGUGGGACCUUCUGUCCCUAAAGACAACUUAUUCAAGAUUUCCCCAGGCAUCUGGCAGAGUGCCUUGCAAGCAGUGGACACCCAGUAUUUGCUGAAUAAAAUUCCUUCCUAUGAGUCCCUUCUGAUUUUUUUUUUAAGUGCUUCUAAUAUACAUAUCAUUCUGGGGCUUAUGCCACUUUCAUCUUCUAAAGGAAAAUCUUACCUAUGACAUUUUCCCUUACAAGAGAUCAUUGUUUUGAGGAGGAUUUUUUUUGAAAGAUAAAGGUAGAAGGAAAUUUUUUUAAAGCCUAAAUAUCAAAUUCCUUUUCGUUUGUGGUUGGGGGAAGGGAUGAAGAGCAACUUGGUCUUUCAUAUGAGUUGGUCAUAGCAUAUAAGAACCAAUCUUGAAAUACCAUUGUUUUUUUCUAAAUGACUUAUUAUGUAUUUCUAGAAAUACUUUGUACUUAAAGUGAUAAGUUUGUAUCUUAUUGUCCAUAUAUACUUUAUAAAUAAAAAUUAGCAUUGUAAAUAAUGUUCAUAUGUAUUAUAUUUAUACAAAAUAAAUUUACUAUAAUA